AGAGCCCGCACCCUUUUCUCACCAUAGCUCUGAGGCUGUCAGGGGUGGGAAAGAACGGGCUGCUGCAAACGCUGCAGCCUUAAACCCAAACAGCUCCAAUACGGGGACGCUAUCCGACCGCCCCCCCCCCAUGCACCUCGGCCACAGAGGGACUUUGCAGGCCAGCAGCAGAUGGAAGAUGGAUGGGGGCUGGCAGGCUGAAAAGCAGAAUGAGACGUGGAGGAUGGAGGACAGAAAGAGGGGGCGGGGCAGCGGCGCGGGCGGGAAACCUCUGCCAGCUGCUUUCCAAUAGGUGCCGCGGCGGGAAUGGCAGGUAUGGGGACUCUGGUGUUGCGGCCUUGGAUUCGAGAGUUGAUCCUGGGGUCGGAGGCACUCUCAAAUCCACAAGCUGGGCAGCUCCUUAAGGUGUUGCAGGAUGUGGUGACCGCGGGCCCAUCCCACACCCCUGACAUCCUUGACGGCGGGGCCAUGCUGCUUGUGUCUGACGGGACCCACAGUGUCCGAUGUUUGGUGACACAAGAGGCCCUGAACACUUCAGACUGGGAGGAGAAGGAGUUCGGAUUCACUGGGGCCGAGGGCCGGCUACUCUUAGUGCAAGACUGUGGGGUAUGCGUCCAGAUUGCUGAUCGUGGCUCGCCUGCAGAGUUCUACCUCCAGGUGAACCGAUUCAACCUGCUGCCCACAGAGCAGCCCCGGAUACCGGUGACUGGUUGCAACCAGGACCUGGAUGUGCAGAGAAAGCUCUAUGACUACCUAGAGGACCACCUUUCAGAGUCCAACUCUUCCAAUGCAGGCCUAACACUGUCUCAGCUUCUGAAUGAGGUACAGGAGGACCAGGAACAUCGGGGGGCGCUGGUUCACUUGGCUGCAAGCUGCCUAAUCCUGGCAGGCCCUUGCACAGCACCCCCCCUCACCCGCUGGGCUGCCUCUCGCUGCAAUACCACGGAAGAAGUCCUGUACACUGUUCCCAGCUUAUUGCUGCACAUCUCUGAGAAUGACCAGCAAAUUCUGAACUCUCUGGGCUCAAGUCAGAGGACACAGGGAGCCCCUGCCUUACCUGAGUAUGAGCCUAUAGAAGACAGCAGUGCCAGCAUCAGCCUUCUGCCCGCCCUAUCUUCGGCUGCUCCAGACCCAGUGCAGAAGGAUAACGUCCAGCCUUCACCAAUCAUUCGCGCAGCCCCUGAGCCCCUGCUUCCCAAUUCCCCACCCCGCAGUCAGACACCCAACUCUUCACCUCUGACGUGCACUCCCAGUCUCCCACCCCUUGGCAAGGCUGCCAGUCCACAUCAGGCUCAUAAUACCAGGCCUCAGAAGCUUACCCUGGAGUUCAAGGAGCAAGGGUCAACCCCUUACAAACAGCAGCCUUCUCCAGGGACCAGAGCCAAGACAGCUCAGGAGCCCUGUGUUGUCUGGGUGAGCAUUGUUCCUCUACAACUGGAGAGGAGAAUAGCAAGGGCCUUGGACAGAGCUGGAAGGGGAGUGGGGAUAGCCUUUGAUGGGGUUAGGGAGCCUUGUUGGCCCCUUCCCAGACACUGCACCCCUUUUAGAAUCCCCCCAAAAGGCAUCGUGAUGGUUCCGCCUUCCAGUAUGAGUAUGAGCCACCAUGCGCCUCCCUCUGUGCCCAAGUCCAAGCAGCUAGGUGAGUACCCAGGACUGCCCUUUGUUGGUCACCAGUCCCAGGCCAUCUUGACUGAAACCACAGUUUAUUCCCAGGUUACCCCCCCAGCUUGUGGCCUGGGCUUUGCACUUUCUGAUGGAGCCAGAGCCACAGCCUGAGCUGACUUAGUGUGAAGGAUCAUGCGAGCAUAUUGGAAGAUAUGCACACACAGUUCCAGACAAGGACAGAAAGCAUCCCACACUCUGCUUCCUUCAAGUUUUUUAA